CGAAACCCUAGACACAUUACAUUACACAACACAAUCAUCACCUAUGAAGCUUUGAUCCUUUUUGCCCCGCCGGAAAAUGGCCUCAACUAAGCUAAUUUCCGAUCGCAGGAAAUCAUCAGCUGCAUCGUCAUCUUCAUCGUCUACGAUACCGUACGAUAUGCAAAAUAAUCAACAGUAUUCGAAUAACGGGAGUGGCAAUUUGGAAGCGACUUCAAUCACAGUUGACGGAAUAUUCAGUAAUAAUAAUAAUAACACGGAGAUUACGUUACUCGAUGCUGCCGGAGCGAUAACGCCGAUAAGCGAUUCCGAGACAGCGAUAACGCCGGUUAGUGCGAUUCCGGCGGUUAGGAGAACGGUUGAUGAUGUGUGGAGGGAAAUUGUGGAAGGAAAAAAGCGAUGUAAGGAGGAGAAAGUGGAUGAGAUUAUGACAUUAGAGGAUUUUUUAGUGAAAGCGGGUGCGGUUGAGGAGGAGGAUGUUGUAGCGGGGCCGGCAGUGAAGGUUGAACAAUUAGGAAGUGGUGGAAUUUAUACUUUUGAUAAUAGUAAUGAUAAUAACACGGCGUAUAUGGCUGCUAUGCCGGUGCAGAGUGUGCAGGGAGGAUUUGUGGGGAGAGGGAAGAGGAAGGUUGUUGUGGAGCAGUUAGAUAAGGCGGCGAUGCAGAGGCAAAGGAGGAUGAUUAAGAAUAGAGAGUCUGCUGCACGGUCUAGAGAGCGCAAACAGGCUUAUCAAGUGGAACUUGAGUCAAUAGCAGUUAGAUUAGAGGAGGAGAAUGAACAGCUGUUGAAAGAAAAGGAAGAACGAACCAGAUCACGCUAUAAGCAGUUAAUAGAGAAAGUGAUUCCAGUUGUGGAGAAGCGAAAACCGCCUCGUGUCCUGAGAAGAGUUUGCUCCAUGCAAUGGUAAUCUAUCACUGUGCGUCAGGCAUACUUCAAAAUGAAUGCCUUCUGAUAUAGAUAAGAAUAAAGGAGCCUAACCAUGCUGGGGUAAGUGAUAUAACAUCAGGUCGGAUAAUUUAGCUGAUGGUGAUUCUUUCUGAAUGGUAGUGCUUCCUUUGUAAAAAGCAGUAUCAUAUAGUAUCUUGACCAGGAAAAUUAUAACGGGAUCUAAUAUUUAUGUAGUGGAGUGAGUUCAUCGAAGUCAGCAAAAAAUUUUAGUUGGUUGUAGUUAUAGGAGGUUUACAAUGCAAAUGCCUCACUUGUUAGAUUGGGUACAAGUAUGGGAAACGAGCUGGACUAACAUUUUGUACUUUUGGGGUCAAUGGCUCGUUAUAGCUUUUGCUCACAAGACUGAUCAGUGAUGUUGGCUCACGCUUUUCUCCUCUGCUCGACAUACACGAUGAAAUCAUCGAUAUGCAUUCUUAUGCCAAUAUUGAGUAAUCUUUUCACGAAUCUAUUACAAUUUGGGUAUAGGGUGGUACAAUAUUUGGCGUA